GGGGCGAUUAUCGCGUAAGACUGUCGUACUGAAUGCAAGUGACAUAGACGAAAUCCAAGAGCGAGGAGAUUCCCAUAAAAGCCAUCAUCAUAGCGAACACCAGGAUCAGAUGGAGCCACCGAUGCCACGAAAUUGGCUCGAAAAUGUUGCCAGAUCGAUUUUGUUCGGUGGAGCGGGUGCCCACAUCGGAGGUCCAGAUACAAACGCCAGUCAUGACUUAACUAUGCGGUCCCCUGCGAGAAAUGCAGGUGCUGCGCUCUCGGACCAUACUAACUUGCCAAAGCUUGUCGGUGAAGGCGCAUCAGCGAAGGUGAAAGCACCGUUUCUGUGUGCACAGGUGGAUCGGCGGGGUAGAACUAGUGAGGGGAAGGUCAGCUGCACCAUGGUGAUGUGUCGAUCUGCUCCUGCAAUAAAAGGGAGCACCAGAGGAAAACUCCCCAGCCGCAGUGUGAAGGUCAAAGGGAAGAAAAGGGAAGCCGAUGGGGUGCCCUCAUUGGCACGGACAAAGGCGGAAAAUGAUGAAUGGAGUCCACGAACUAGGCAUCUGAGCGGCUGGGGGAUUGAUACUGAACAAAGUAACGACAAACAAGCCGCUUCCUCGGAUGAAAACGACGAUGAUGACGAUGACGACGACGGGGAGCUAAAUCUAGAACGCCUUCUCGUUCCUGCCAGGCGACAGCACUCGAUUAGGAGCCUAAGGAAACACCUUCAGAAAUCGAAUGGUGCUACUGGGAGUCUUCUUGGGCUUACGCGCAAAAAGUCCAUGCAGACUCGAUGGACAGCAGGGGACACAACGGACGGAGGUGAAGAUGAGGAAUGGAGAAAUCGAUCGUGGGGGACUGGAAGGGGACGAAGAUGGAUAGUAGGCGAAGACGACGAUGAAGGAGACGGCUAUGGAUACGGUGUAGACGGGUUUUCGUCAUCUGAUACUGGGACGGGAGCCAGAGCAGGUAUAAAAAGGCGAAGGGGCAUACCUUGGGCUCAAUAAAUGAAAUUAAUAAGAUCUUCCGCGGUCUCUCAGGGCAUGAUUUUUAUCGUCUUGGUUCGUUAUGCCCUGGCACCUCCUACAUAUUACAUGUAUACCUUCAGGACCACUGUCAACACUACAAUAUGCUUCCCUGGUUCCACAACUACUCACAUUGGUAUCUCACAUUGGUAUCUCACAUUUUCUCCAGGAGACUGUAAUAAAUGAAAAGAAAUUCAACACUUCGUUCAAGU